AUGGCUGCGAUCACGGCGGUGAACUCCAAGGCAGAGGUGGUGCGGGCCCGGUCGGCCUGGGCCGUCAACAUAUGCGCCGCCCGAGGGCUGCAAGAUGUGCUACGUACCAACUUGGGGCCCAAGGGCACCAUGAAAAUGCUUAUUUCUGGUGCAGGUGACAUCAAACUCACCAAAGAUGGCAACGUACUGCUCCAUGAGAUGGGCCUGCACCCUAGAAUAAUAGCUGAAGGAUUUGAAGCUGCGAAGAUAAAAGCACUUGAAGUUCUGGAAAAGGUUAAAAUUAACAAAGAGAUGAAAAGAGAAGUCCUCUUAGAUGUGGCUAGAACAUCUCUACAAACUAAAGUUCCUGCUGAAUUGGCUGAUGUGUUAACAGAGGCUGUGGUGGAUUCUGUUUUGGCUAUUAGAAGACCGGGUUAUCCUAUUGAUCUCUUCAUGAUAGAAAUCAUGGAGAUGAAGCAUAAAUCAGAAACAGAUACAAAGUUGAUCAGAGGAUUAGUUCUGGAUCAUGGUGCCCGUCAUCCAGAUAUGAAGAAACGAGUAGAAGAUGCGUUUAUCCUUUCUUGCAAUGUAUCACUAGAAUAUGAAAAAACAGAGGUGAGCUCUGGUUUCUUUUAUAAGUCUGCUGAAGAGAAAGAGAAACUGGUAAAAGCUGAAAGAAAAUUUAUUGAAGAUCGAGUACAAAAAAUAAUAGACCUGAAAGACAAAGUCUGUGCUCAGUCCAGUAAAGGAUUUGUUGUCAUUAAUCAAAAGGGAAUUGAUCCAUUUUCCUUAGAUGCUCUUGCAAAACAUGGCAUAGUAGCUCUUCGCAGGGCAAAAAGAAGAAAUAUGGAAAGACUCUCUCUUGCUUGUGGUGGAAUGGCUGUGAAUUCUCUUGAAGACCUCAGUAUACAUUGUUUGGGACAUGCUGGUCUUGUACAUGAGUGUACAUUAGGUGAAGAAAAGUUCACUUUUAUCGAGGCCUGUGUUAACCCUCGUUCUGUCACCUUGUUGGUUAAAGGACCAAAUAAGCAUACUCUCACACAAAUAAAGGAUGCUCUAAGGGAUGGACUUCGUGCCAUCAAAAAUGCCAUUGAAGAUGGUUGUGUGGUUCCAGGAGCAGGUGCAGUUGAAGUGGCAAUAGCUGAAGCUCUUGUUAAUUACAAGCAUAGUGUAAAAGGAAGAGCUCGUCUUGGAGUACAAGCUUUUGCUAAUGCCUUACUCAUUAUUCCUAAGGUUCUUGCUCAGAAUUCUGGUUAUGACCUGCAGGAAACUCUAGUAAAAGUUCAGGCUGAACAUUCAGAAUCAAAACAACCUGUUGGCAUAGACUUGAAUACAGGUGAGCCAAUGUUAGCAGCUGAUGCAGGAGUUUGGGAUAACUAUUGUGUGAAAAAACAACUUCUUCACUCUUGCACAGUGAUUGCCACCAACAUUCUCCUGGUUGAUGAAAUUAUGCGAGCUGGUAUGUCUUCUCUUAAAGGGUGA